GACCGGGGGCGCGCUGCGGCCGCCCGCGCGGAGCCGGCGAGAGGCGGCGGCGGGAGCAGCGGUGAUGGACGGGUCCGGGGAGCAGCCCAGAGGCGGGGGGCCCACCAGCUCUGAGCAGAUCAUGAAGACAGGGGCCCUUUUGCUUCAGGGUUUCAUCCAGGAUCGAGCAGGGCGAAUGGGGGGGGAGACACCUGAGCUGGCCCUGGAGCCGACGCCCCAGGAUGCAUCCACCAAGAAGCUAAGCGAGUGUCUCAAACGCAUCGGGGAUGAACUGGACAGUAACAUGGAGCUGCAGAGGAUGAUUGCUGCUGUGGACACAGACUCCCCCCGUGAGGUUUUUUUCCGAGUGGCAGCUGAGAUGUUUUCUGAUGGCAACUUCAACUGGGGCCGGGUUGUGGCCCUCUUCUACUUUGCAAGCAAACUGGUGCUCAAGGCCCUGUGCACGAAGGUCCCUGAGCUGAUCAGAACUAUCAUGGGCUGGACAUUGGACUUCCUCCGAGAGCGACUGCUGGGCUGGAUCCAAGACCAGGGUGGUUGGGACGGCCUCCUUUCCUACUUUGGAACCCCUACGUGGCAGACAGUGACCAUCUUUGUGGCUGGAGUGCUUACUGCCUCGCUCACCAUCUGGAAGAAGAUGGGCUGAGGCCCACCCCACUACCUUGGACUGUGUUUUUUCUGCAUAAAUUAUGGCAUUUUUCUGGGAGGGGUGGGGAUUGGGGGACAUGGGCAUUUUUCUUACUUUUGUAAUUAUUGGGGUUGGGUGGGGAAAAGUGGUCUUGAGAGGGGGGUAAUAAACCUCCUUCUGGCCACA